UUUUCUUUCUAGGUUAUGAUUAAAUAGGAAAAUAAACUGUUUGAUUUUGAUAUACCAAUUAAUAGCAAAAUAUAUUAAAACUCAGAAAAAAUGUCUUAUAAAAGAAAAGCGGAGUCACAAAUCCCCGCUGAAGAGAGCGAUCAACUGAUUAUACGACCACUAGGAGCCGGCCAAGAAGUAGGAAGAUCAUGUAUUAUGAUUGAAUUUAAAGGAAAAAAAAUCAUGUUGGAUUGCGGAAUACAUCCAGGGCUAUCCGGAAUGGAUGCUCUACCAUUCGUCGACUUAAUUGAAGCCGAUGAAAUUGAUAUACUCCUAAUAUCCCAUUUCCAUCUCGAUCACAGCGGAGCCUUGCCUUGGUUUCUAUUAAAAACUAGUUUUAAGGGCCGUUGUUUCAUGACCCAUGCAACCAAAGCUAUUUACAGGUGGCUGUUGUCUGAUUACAUUAAAGUUAGUAAUAUUGCUACGGAACAAAUGUUAUAUACAGAGGCCGAUUUGGAAGCCAGUAUGGACAAAAUCGAAACGAUAAAUUUCCACGAAGAAAAAGAUGUAUUGGGUGUUAAAUUUUGGGCUUACAAUGCCGGACAUGUACUGGGAGCUGCCAUGUUUAUGAUCGAAAUAGCCGGUGUCAAAAUACUCUAUACCGGAGAUUUUUCUCGACAAGAGGAUAGGCAUUUAAUGGCCGCUGAAAUUCCCACGAUACAUCCAGAUGUCUUAAUAACGGAAUCUACUUAUGGUACACACAUUCAUGAGAAAAGGGAGGAUCGUGAGAGUCGGUUUACUACAUUAGUGCACGAUAUCGUAAAUAGAGGUGGAAGGUGCCUAAUACCGGUAUUUGCUUUAGGAAGAGCCCAAGAAUUGCUGCUUAUUUUAGACGAAUAUUGGAGUCAACAUCCAGAACUCCACGACAUCCCGAUCUAUUACGCUUCCUCCUUAGCGAAGAAAUGCAUGGCUGUCUAUCAGACUUACAUAAACGCGAUGAACGACAAAAUCAAGCGACAAAUAGCGAUUAAUAAUCCGUUUGUAUUCAAACAUAUAUCUAACUUAAAGGGUAUCGAUCAUUUUGAUGAUAUCGGCCCGUGCGUAGUGAUGGCAUCCCCCGGUAUGAUGCAAAGCGGUUUGUCCAGGGAACUCUUCGAAACUUGGUGUACCGAUGCGAAAAAUGGAGUUAUCAUAGCAGGUUACUGUGUAGAAGGAACGCUAGCUAAAACGAUUUUAUCAGAACCAGAAGAAAUUACGACUAUGGUUGGGCAAAAGUUGCCGUUAAAAAUGUCCGUUGAUUACAUAUCUUUUUCUGCUCACACCGAUUACCAGCAAACUAGCGAAUUCAUACGAAUAUUGAAACCUCCUCAUUUAGUGUUAGUUCAUGGGGAACAAAACGAAAUGAGUCGUUUGAAAGCGGCCCUUCAAAGGGAAUACGAAGACGACAGCAACACUACCAUUAACAUAUACAACCCGAGAAACACGCAUUCCGUCGAAUUGUACUUCAGAGGCGAGAAAACGGCGAAAGUAAUGGGACAAUUAGCCGUAGAUGAACCGCAAACCGGCAAAACUUUAAACGGUAUAUUGGUCAAGAGGAAUUUCAAUUAUCACGUUCUAUCCCCCGACGAUUUACCGAAAUAUACAGAUUUGAAUAUAAGCCAAAUAUUACAAAGACAGAGUUUGCAUUAUUCCGGCAACAGCGGAGUUUUGAGAUACAUGAUAUCGCAAGUGGCCGGUUUAUUGGAAUCGAUAGACGGGGAGAAGAAAAUGCGCGCCUUCAAUGCAGUAGAUAUAAUAAUUGAAAAUAAAAUCGUCGUGUUAGAGUGGGUGGCGAAUCCAGUGAACGAUAUGUACGCAGAUGCGAUAGUAGCGGCGAUUUUGCAAGCGGAUUUGUUGGAACAACCCAUUAAAAACGUGACGACCUCCGUUAAAAUGGACAGGAUGCAUUUCAAGGAGUGCCUGAUCGAGAUGCUGCAGGACAUGUUUGGAGAGGAUUCGGUGCCGAAGAUAUUCAAAGGGGAAAAGUUGUACGUUGCCGUGAACGAUAAACGGGCGGAUAUCGAUCUUAAUAAUUUGGAUGUGAAAUGUCCCGAAGACGAAACGUUCCAACAAAUUGUUCAAACUGCUGUGACGAAAUUGUACCAGUCGUUGGCUCCUCCACAAUUUGAGUCAUAGUUACUGAGAAGUAUUGCUGUAUUAUGAAUUUCAUAAGUAAGGUAAAAUAGGUUAUUUUUUCUUAUAUAAAUCAGAAAUUUAGUAGUUA